UGUUAUCUUAUUUCGUUAAAAAUGUAUUUUUACUGAAUACUUACGCAAAAAGUGAUUACUGAGCAGUAGGCACUGCGUUAAAAAAAAAUCGUUUUUAAGUUUUAUUUCCAAGUGUUUCAACGCAGUUGGGUUUUUUUUGAAAUUAUUGUCGUUUAAAUAUAACAUCAUCCAACCUAACACUCAACUACCUACCUAGAGUAAUGAUAAAACCUUCCAAAUUAUGAACUUUGAAACAAGUCAUAGUACAACUGAAAACAAAGGACUCAGACGCUUGACCAUGUAUUGUUGGGGCAAUACAAUCAACGGGGAACUCGGUCUGGGUGGUAUUGAAGAAAACUAUAUUCUCAGUCCAGAAGAGAUAGUCAAUUUUGAAAGCGUGAAUAACAUUAAAUCAGUGGCUUGUGGAAAUAAUCAUACACUUGCCGUAACUGAAGAUGGACAAUUAUAUGCUUGUGGUAGUAACGAUUUUGGUCAGCUGGGACAUGAUGGAUGUCGGACAAAACUACAAAAAAUUCCAGGGGUUGAAUCUUUAGUGAUGACAAGUGUUGCAUGCGGAGAAGCUCAUUCAAUGGCACUUAAUGAAUGGGGACAGUUAUAUACUUGGGGUUCUGACUCUUGUGGACAAUUAGGACUUGAAACUGAUGAAGGGAUUCAAUAUAAACCAAAAAUCGUCAAAACAUUAGCCAGUAUGCUAUUAGUUCAAAUUAGUUGUGGAUAUAAACAUUGUAUGGCUCUGACAAACCAUGGAGAGUUGUACACUUGGGGCUCGAAUGAAUUUGGACAGUUAGGCCUUGGACUUGGCCCUGGUAAUGUGUCAAAGCCAACAUUGGUUAAUUCACUGGUUGGCUUACCUAUUUCAUUUAUUGCCUGUGGUGGAUAUCAUAGUUUUGUUGUAUCAAAAUCAGGUGCUGUGUUUGGUUGGGGAAAAAAUGAUUUUGGACAACUAGGGAUAAACAGUCAAACUAGCUUAUCAUCACCUACGCAACUGAAAACAAUACGAACUGUCAAAGUAAAAUAUAUUGCUGGAGGAGAAGAUUUCUCAGUAUUCUUGACAUAUGAUGGUGGAGUUUUUACAUGUGGUGCUGGUAUGUAUGGUCAAUUAGGACAUGGUUCAUUUUCAAACGAAAUUGUUCCAAGAAAAGUGCUAGAACUCAUGGGCAGUACUGUGACUCAAGUUACAUGUGGGCGGAGACAUACUUUGACUUUAGUACCUUCAAAGGGUCGAGUCUACUCAUUUGGACUUGGUAGUGUUGGCCAGUUAGGUACAAAAUUAUCUAUUAACUCAAAUACACCACAAUUAGUGUUAGGACCUUGGCUAUCUCCAUCUGGAACAUCUAUGAUAGAAACAAAUAAGCAAUAUGUUGUUAAAAGUAUUUAUGCGGGAGGUGAUCAAUGUUUUGUUAGAGUCACUCAUAAAUUGCUCGAUAUAUAUCCAGAUGAUUAUCGAAUUAUUCAAGAAAGUUCUCAAAUUUGGACUGUAAAGCUUUCAGAUGUGAUAAAUUUAUCAACCAUCUUACCAGAAAAUCCUGUUGACCAAGAAAGAAUGUCGUUUGUAGAAAUAGUGAUGAGCAGUUUGUCAUGUUUAAAUGGCUCAUUUUUAAUGUUGAAUGAUAUUCAUUACACUUGUACAGAAAAUAAUCAUGGUAUAGAUUUUGAUCUAGCUACACUAUGUUUUGACGCUAUAAGUCAUGUACGCAAUACUUCAUUGAGUGAUUUAAUAUUAACAUCAUUAGCCAGUGCAGUUGAUUCUUUAUCAUUGCCUUCUCCUGAUGUGGAGUCAUUGAGGUUUUAUCUAACCUUACCUAUAUAUCACGAGUUUAAAAAUAUUACAAAUGCUACCAUACUUCAAGUGCCUUAUGCUGAAGCAUUACUAAAUCUGAGCAGCAUAGAUUCAAAUACUAUUGAGUUUUGGAUUUCUUCAAUGCCGGUUGUGUAUUUUAAUACCUUAUUAAUGGUGUAUAAAAAUGUAUUUAUUGAUCAAUUGAACACCAAUACAAAUUCUACUGAACAAAAAUGUUGGGAUAAAGCAUUGAUAGUGGCUGCUUCAAUGUUAGCUAAAUUAAAUAAACUAAAUUCCAAUUUAAACGGGCAUCAAGUGAAGAAAGGCCAAUUGAAAGUGCCAUACACCUCAUUUUAUAUUCCACAAUUAUCGGAUAAGAUAGAUAUACCUUCUGAUUACAUGAAGUGGAUGCGUGCCGAUAGUAACGGAAUUAAAUAUCAAGAUUUUUAUUUUUGUAACUAUCCUUUUCUGUUCAAUGCUGAAGCUAAGACAAUACUUUUACAAGUUGAUCAGAAAGUACAGAUGCAACAAGCAAUGCAAGCUGCAGCAACAAGAGCAUUUACGCAAAUGCUAUUUUUGGAUGUGAAUCAGCAUAAUUUAGCAAAUCAAUUUAUUGAGCUUAAUGUCUCACGGAAUAACUUAGUUGUAGAUACAAUACGUGAAUUGUCUCUUUAUACUCAACAUGAUUAUAAAAAACCUUUGAAAGUGAAAUUUAUUGAUGAAGAAGCUGAGGAUGCUGGAGGAGUAAGAAAAGAAUUUUUUAUGCUUUUGAUUAAAGAGAUUUUAGAUCCAAAAUUUGGUAUGUUUGUAAAUUAUGAAGAUACAAACAUGAUAUGGUUUAAUGACUCUUCCUUUGAAGAUGUUACAAUGUAUUAUCUUAUUGGUUUGAUGUGUGGCUUAGCAAUUUAUAAUUUUAUUAUCAUAGACUUACCAUUUCCUGUAGCAUUGUACAAAAAACUACUUAACGAACCUAUUACCCUUCAAGAUUUUAAAGAUCUGGAUCCAAUGGUGGGUAUAAGUUUUGAAGAAUUAUUGGCUUAUAAUAAACCUGAUCUUGAUGAAGUAUUUAAUCUCACUUUUGAAAUCACUAGAGAAGUUUAUGGAGAAAUUCAAACAAUUCCAUUGAAACCAGAUGGGGCUAAUAUAAUAGUUAAUCAAAAUAAUAAACAUGAAUUUGUCGAUUUGUACGUAGAUAUGGUAUUAAACCGUAGAGUUGAAAAACAAUUUAAUGUAUUCAAAGAUGCAUUUUUAAAAGUGUGCGGUGGACGAGUAUUAAGGUUAUUCCAUUCGCAAGAAUUAAUGGCUGUUGUUGUGGGCAAUCAAGACUACAAUUGGAUUGAGUGGGAGAAUAAUGCUGAGUAUAAAAAUGGUUACAAUAAAGACGACGAAACAAUAAAAAUGUUUUGGGAAGUAUUUCACGAGUUUAACAUUGAUGACAAAAAGAAGUUUUUGCUAUUUCUUACAGGAAGCGAUCGUGUACCCAUUAUGGGAAUGAAAGCAAUAAAAAUUUAUAUCCAACCCACCCUAGAUGAUAACUUCUUGCCUGUGGCACACACAUGUUUCAACCUUUUAGAUUUACCGAAGUAUAAAUCCAAAGGAAAACUGAAGUAUAAGCUGACUCAAGCCAUUCACCAGACACAAGGAUUUUCUCUGGUCUAAACAUUUUAUGACACACAUUCCUCAAAAAUAAAUACACUCAAAAUUAAACGUUUAAUUAACAAACUUUAUCGUAGGAUUUAAUGGCAGAGGAGCUCAGCAUUAUAAUUGUUGAAUAUCAGGGUUAUAUUAUUCGCUCGUGUUAAUGUUAUGUUUUCGUUCCUUAAUGCCUAGAUUAAGAUUUAUGUUAUUUAUUCAAAUAAUUAAUAUAAUAUAAGCUUGUGGCUGGUUAAUAAAUUGUUUAAGGCAUAAUAAUAUUUGUAAUAUUUACUCAAGGACAAUAAUUACCGGGUAGGUGAAUUUACAACUCAAUUAAAAAAAAAUUCAACUAAAAAAUACUCGGUUUUUUUAUCUUAUCAUCAGUUCCAAUCAACUGGUACUAAAAAAAUCAAUGUAUAAAUCAUGAAGACUAUAUAGAAUAAGGAAACCAAACUCUGCUUCUGAUAAUGUCCUGAAAUGAGUUGCACCAUUAAACGGGUCACAGGCUGUGUUGCGUGUGCACUGCGCUAGGGUUGCUACUUUAAUCUGCUUAGUAUAGGAAUUAUUAAUAUGUUUUUUGUUUUUCAGAAAAUAUAUGCAUUAUUUUAAAAAUAUGACCCUCGUUAAGGUUUUAUAGCUUGUACGAUUACGCAUAUAUACAAGUGUAAACAUGUUAUUCUCAAGAAACAAAUUUGAGUGUAGCGAUACAUGUAUUGUUAUAAAAUGAUCGUUCAAGAAAACACCUGUGUGGUGUAUCGAAUAUUAUCGGGCUCAGACUUGAUGUGAACAAAGAUAUAUAGAUAAAAAACUAGAUAUAGUGUUAACGGGUUGUAUAAUUUAAUUAUUUACGCAAAACUAAAAAUAAUAUUUAUGAAAUAUACACAUAUACACAUAUGCAUUCAAGUAUAAAUGUGUCAUCCAAGCUAUAAAAUCUAAAGUGGGUCAUGGUUCAAAAUAAUGCAUAAUUUUCCUAAAAAAACACAAAAAACAUGAACAAUUCCUAUACUACUCCGGUGAAAGUAGCAACCCUAUUGUACGCAUCGCAGCCUGUGGCCAUUUAAUCGUGCGACUCAUUUUGGUUUAUGGUGGGGUGGCCGUACGAGGUUGGUCUCCUUAUUCUGUUUUUCAUGGUACAAACUAUGUACAUGCCAUAAAUGUUCAUUUGGAACUCAUUCCAAUAAAGUACCCAAUAUUACUUAUAAUAUAUUAUAUUUAUAAUAAUUAGUGCCAAUAUUUUAGUCAUUAUUAUAUUGUACUUUAAUCGCUUAAAUUACUGUACUGUAACUGUUUGUCUGUUUAUGAUGAUGAUUGUUGCAUAUCACAUGUAUUGAUGUAUUAUAUCCAGACUUAUAUCCAGUGCUUGAAUCUAGGGGGGACGCAGGGGGUUGGAGUUUCCUUUCUUUGUAGAAAAUAUUUAUGCGUACCCCUUCUAAAUGUAUCCAAAUCAAUAAAAUAUAUCAAUAUUCA